GAUGUCGGCCCGUGUUCCUCCGUCUUCCCUGGGCAGCCUGCUGCUGGCGGUCCUGCGGGGCGGCGAGGGCGUCCAGGAGAGCCCCGCCCGAGAGGAGGGUACCUGGGGGGGCGGCGCCGCCGUGCUCUGCCCCGGCUGGGAGGAAGGCAGCGACGGGCUUCUCUCCCACCUGCGGGCGCACGGCGGCGGCGCCGCCUGGCGUCUGUGGGACAUCAUCAACCUGACCGGCGUGUCAGGAAGGGGCGGGGACAAGAGAGGCGGGGCCAGCGAGGAAAGGCGGGAAGAUGAGGCCUUGAGGAUCCUCUCCACCAGUUUCCUGCGCCCCGCCUCGCCCGUCUCCAGCGUCCUCCUCCUGGGCUCCGACCCGGAAUGCGUCUCCUCCGUGCUGCGGGUCGCUCAGAGGCUCGCCCCGUCGCUGCCGGCGCUGCAGUGGAUUAUGGGAUACCCCCUGUCGCCGGACUCCCUGCACACCUUGGGGGGUCCCCUGGGCCUGCUGGCGUACGGCGAGGUGGGACGCAAGCCCAUCAGCUUUUACAUCCGGGAUGCUCUGCAGCUGAUUGGCCGCGCCGUCACCGCGGCGACCGUGGCCAGGCCCGACUUGGCGUUGAUUCAGAACACGCUCAACUGUCACGACGCACCACGGGAAACACCUUCUUCGGGACGAUACCUGUCCAGGUUUUUCUCCAACGCCUCCUUCACCGGCGCCACAGGCCUGAUCCAGGUGGACGCCGGCCUCUCCAGGGUGCUCUCCUCGCAGCUCUUCCACGUCUGGAGCCUGAAGAGGGGCGCUCUGGGCCAGCCGGCGUGGGUCACCGUGGGGCAGUGGUCCCGGGGCAGGCUGGAGUUGGAAGGGGGGGUCCUGGGGCUGGGAGGCUUCGGGAGCAGCCAGGGGCCAGGACUGGGCGCUGGGGUGAGAGCGGGCGACGGCCAGGGCGACCUGAACGCCGGGGGACGCUGGAGGCCCGGACUUUCCGCCGAGGGUCACCGUCUGCGGGUGGUGACGUUGGUGGAACAUCCGUUCGUGUUCACGCGCGAGGUGGACGAAGACGGGCUGUGUCCUGCCGGCCAGCUCUGCCUGGACCCCAGAACCAACCGUUCCGACGUCAUCCAAGGACUCUUUAACCACCUGCACAACCCCAACACCUCAACAGCCGACUGGGAAGGUGGCCUUCCGGAGGAUCUGAGGAAGUGUUGCUACGGUUACUGCGUCGACCUGCUGGAGAAGCUGGCGGAGGACAUGGGCUUCACCUUCGACCUCUACAUCGUGGGGGACGGAAAGUACGGCGCCAUGAGCGGAGGCGGGCGCUGGACGGGGCUGGUCGGAGACCUGAGGAGCGGGACGGCAGACAUGGCGGUCACCUCGUUCUCCAUCAACUCGGCGAGGAGCAGGGUCAUCGACUUCACCUCGCCCUUCUACUCCACCAGCCUGGGCAUCCUGGUCCGCAGUCAGGACACCGCCGCCCCGAUCGGAGCCUUCAUGUGGCCCCUGCACUGGUCCAUGUGGGUGGGCAUCUUCGUCACGCUGCACCUCACCGCCCUCUUCCUCACCUUAUACGAGUGGAACAGCCCCUUCGGCAUGACCCCCCACGGGCGGAACAGGAUGCGCAUCUUCUCCUAUUCCUCCGCCCUCAACCUCUGCUACGCCAUACUGUUCGGACGCACCGUCGCCACCAAGGUAACGCUGCUCUCCUCUUCCCGAUCCAUAUCAAUCAAUCAAUCAAUGUUUAUUUAUAUAGCCCCAAAUCACAAAUGUCUCAAAGGACUGCACAAAUCAUUACGACUACAACAUCCUGGGAAGAACCCACAAAAGGGCAAGGAAAACUCACACCCAGUGGGCAGGGAGAAUUCACAUCCAGUGGGAAUUUACAGCCAGAAGGACCUCGUUGCAGACUAUCGAACAGGAGUCGCAGGAGCACGACCGAUUAAGACGCUGAGCUCAGGGCCCGAGGACCUCGUUGCAGACUAUCGAACAGGAGUCACAGGAGCACAACCGAUUAAGACGCUGAGCUCAGGGCCCGGUGUGACCAAUUCUGUGUGUGAGACCAGAGCCAAGGCCAACCAAGACCCGAUCAAACCUUUGUCAGCAUUGAACCCCCCCACAGAGGUUCUUUUACGCAAUGGAGCGCCGAGACCGGAGCCAACAGUUCCUUUGGGGUUGAAGAAAGCGCAGCAGAUUUAUUGCGAGGUGGAAGGCAGCAGGCGAGUGAGGCGACUAGCAAUGUCUGUCAGGGCGGACGACUCGGCUCGCGGAAAGACUCCCGACUGCUCCGCGUCAACUUUUAAUUACGACUUUCAGGGAGACGCCAUUCCUCAUCGGAGACGACUCGGGGAAAAGCUCUCCUGUCAGAUCUUAGCCUUUUUCAUCACCCUUCCCCGGUUUUUCUCCAACGCCUCCUUCACCGGCGCCACAGGCCUGAUCCAGGUGGACGCCGGCCUCUCCCGGGUGCUCUCCUCGCAGCUCUUCCACGUCUGGAGCCUGAAGAGGGGCGCUCUGGGCCAGCCGGCGUGGGUCACCGUGGGGCAGUGGUCCCGGGGUAGGCUGGAGUUGGAAGGGGGCGUCCUGGGGCUGGGAGGCUUCGGGAGCAGCCAGGGGCAAGGACUGGGCGCUGGGGUGAGAGCGGGCGACGGCCAGGGCGACCUGAACGCCGGGGGACGCUGGAGGCCCGGACUUUCCGCCGAGGGUCACCGUCUGCGGGUGGUGACGUUGGUGGAACAUCCGUUCGUGUUCACGCGCGAGGUGGACGAAGACGGGCUGUGUCCUGCCGGCCAGCUCUGCCUGGACCCCAGAACCAACCGUUCCGACGUCAUCCAAGGACUCUUUAACCACCUGCACAACCCCAACACCUCAACAGCCGACUGGGAAGGUGGCCUUCCGGAGGAUCUGAGGAAGUGUUGCUACGGUUACUGCGUCGACCUGCUGGAGAAGCUGGCGGAGGACAUGGGCUUCACCUUCGACCUCUACAUCGUGGGGGACGGAAAGUACGGCGCCAUGAGCGGAGGCGGGCGCUGGACGGGGCUGGUCGGAGACCUGAGGAGCGGGACGGCAGACAUGGCGGUCACCUCGUUCUCCAUCAACUCGGCGAGGAGCAGGGUCAUCGACUUCACCUCGCCCUUCUACUCCACCAGCCUGGGCAUCCUGGUCCGCAGUCAGGACACCGCCGCCCCGAUCGGAGCAUUCAUGUGGCCCCUGCACUGGUCCAUGUGGGUGGGCAUCUUCGUCACGCUGCACCUCACCGCCCUCUUCCUCACCCUGUACGAGUGGAACAGCCCCUUCGGCAUGACCCCCCACGGGCGGAACAGGAUGCGCAUCUUCUCCUAUUCCUCCGCCCUCAACCUCUGCUACGCCAUACUCUUCGGACGCACCGUCGCCACCAAGACCCCCAAGUGUUGGACGGGUCGCUUCCUGAUGAACCUCUGGGCCAUCUUCUGCCUCCUCGUCCUCUCCAGCUACACGGCCAACCUGGCGGCCGUCAUGGUCGGCGAGAAGACCUUCGAGCAGGUCUCAGGAAUCCAUGACGACAAGCUGCACCAUCCCUCGCUGGGCUUCCGAUUUGGCACGGUGAGGGAGAGCAGCGCCGAGGAUUACAUGAAGAAGAGCUUUCCCGAGAUGCACGACUACAUGCGGCGCUUCAACCAGCCCACCACCCCCGACGGCGUGCACAUGUUGAAGACAGAUCCCCCGAUGUUAGACGCCUUCAUCAUGGACAAGGCCCUGCUGGAUUUCGAGGUGUCCAUCGAUGCGGACUGCAAGCUGCUCACGGUGGGCAAGCCGUUUGCCAUUGAAGGAUACGGCAUCGGCCUGCCGCAGGGCUCGCCUCUGACCCGCAACGUGUCGGAGUUUGUGAGCCGCUACAAGUCGGACGGCUUCAUGGACAUGCUGCACGACAAGUGGUACAAGGUGGUGCCUUGUGGGAAGCGCGUCUUCGCCGUGACCGAGACCCUCCAAAUGGGGAUCCAGCAUUUCUCCGGCCUCUUCGUGCUGCUCUGCAUGGGAGUGGGCGGAGCCUUGCUGACCCUGGCAGGUGAGCACACCUUCUACCACCUGGUCAUCCCUCGCCUCCGACGCAGACACACGCUGCAGUACUGGCUGCACACCAGCCAGAAGAUCCACAGAGCGCUUCACACCACGUACGAGGACGAGGCCAAGGAGCUGACGGGCCUCGAACAAAACGCCUCCUCCUGCAUCUCAGAGAACUGCACGCUGCACAGGAAGCAGCAUCUCCUCCCGCCGCCGUCGCCGCCCAAGUCCCUGCCGGCGUCCUCGUCGGCGGCGGACAGCGGCAGCUCGUGGUCUCCCUCGCAGGAGCCCAAGGAGAAGCGCGUGCACUUUGACCUGGACACGCUGCACAGCUACCGCCUGCGCACACACACCGCCUCCGUGCGGGGGCGCCCCGGCAUGGUGGGACGUCCCGGCCUGGGCCUCGGCGGCCUGGGUCUCCCCGGCCUGGGUGCCUUCUCGCCCUCCUCGCGGGUCAGCCUGCAAGCUAACGGCGGCCCGGCCUCGGCGCUGGCCCACGUUAGCUUGGCGCUCUCGCCUCUGGCGGGCACAGGAGCCCAGACCAGCCUGUGGGAGGGAGAACUGCAGGAACUCCAGGACAAGAUCGAGACCUUCCGGAACCAGCUGAGGGAGGCUCUGGCCAGGAGGGCGGAGAUCCAGACCAGCCUGGAGAGGGAGCGGAACUUGAUGGUGCGGCGGGACGCCGGCCCGGAACCGGAUCAGGUCCAAACCAUCAGCACGGACAAGAGCAGCUCCUCUCAGACCUCGGCAGACAGAGGCCUUAGCAACCAGGCCGAGACCAUCACCCUCGUUAGGAGCGGCCAAUUAAACGCCAUUAACAGCCUGGACAGGGCGGGGAGCGCCCAAUCGCGCGCCGUCCGCCCGCCGACGGACGACAGGACUGUCCAAGCGCGCGUCUCCGCCAGUCUGGAGCGCCGGUUGGGCGGCGGGACGGUGGCGCCGUGCAAGACUUUGAGUCUGGACCGGCAGAAAGUCAGCCUGUCGCGAGUUCUCAGCACUUUGGAGAGGACCAGAAGCAGCCAGUCGGAUGCGAGCGGCGGGACUUGAUCGGCUUUUCUGCCAAGACAUUAAAACAAAACAAAAAGAACACAGCUGAGUUGCGUAGCCGCGGGAAGUUGUUGACGACUAUCACCUGGUCCCGUAAACCUGGGGUAGGGAACCUAGGGCUCUAGAGCCAGAUGUGGUUCUUUUGAUGACUGCAUCUGGCUCUCGGAUAAAUCUGAGCUGACGUUGCUUAACACGAUAAAUCAUGAAUAAUUCCGCU